AUGCCUCCUAAGAAAAAAGACUUGGGCACACCUCUUCAGCAAAGAAACCAAUAUCACUCAAUACCUCCUAGAAAAGAGAAGACCUCCGCACUGAUUGCCGUAAACAAGAAAUUUGAUCCUUUAGUAGUCCAAACUAAAAUCAUUGGAAUAAUUUUUAUUUCAAAAGGAAUCAUUUGUGAACCAAGUCGUCCUGAAGGUCCUCUUGUGAUUAGUAAUAUUCAGGCUGAUUCAGUUCAUCUGUCAUGGAAGCCACCUCUUGAAGAUUACGGUGGACCGAUAUUAGGAUAUGUUAUAGAAGCAAAGGACGUUCUUCAUAUGGAUGUAAGAAAAAUAAAUUUUUGGUCAGAUGGACAAAAUACCGAAUAUGAUGUCACUGGUUUGGAAACAUCGCAUAUUUAUCAGUUUCGGGUGUACGCUCAGAAUGUGGCUGGACGGAGCGAAGGCUUGUUGAACAAAACUCUGGUCCGAAUUAAAGCUGCUAGUAAAAAACCUCCAACUCCAUCAAAACCUUCAGUUGAAAUACACGAUAAUGAUUCGGCGCAUCUACAGUGGACCGUUCCAACUGUUACUGAAGACCUCAACUACAUAAUAGAGAGAUUCGAACCCAAGUACGGCAUGUGGAUACAGUGUAAUAAAGAGAUCAUAACCAGAACGUCGUAUCUUGUGACAGGCUUAGCUCCAAACAGAGAAUACACCUUUCGCGUCAGCAGCGAGAAUGUGCACAGUGUGAGUAAGCCAAGCGAAAAAACUGAGACGAUUUAUUUAACGGAAACGAUAUGUGAACAACCUGUAAUAAUCAUUCCAAUCGCUGACUGUUUCGUGGAACAGAAUGGCUUAGCAGUGUUUGUGUGUGAAUUUACUGGUACUCCUCCUAUUCAAGUGAUAUGGACAAAAGAUGGAAUACGCGUACGAGAGAGUUCUUUUUCUACAAUAAAAAGCGAAGAAGGUUUAAAGUCAGAACUGAAACUACAGGAAGUGGAAUCUGAUGACGAUGAUGUUAUUAUUCAAUGCAUUUUGAAAAAUUCUGCUGGAGAAAUCACUUCAGAAGCGAAGAUUAAAAUUCUCAGUCCACCUCGAAUCAGUUGUCCACCAUCUUAUAGAGAGGGACUAACUUACGACAUGGAUGACACAUUGAGAAUUCGCAUAACAGUGCUUGGGACACCUCUACCAAAAGUGGAAUGGUUUCUCAAUGAAGAAGUCGUGAGCACCCGUGAUGAGUUUGAAGUCAUCCAAGAUCACGAAUCUUUCGAAUUAAAAAAGAAAGAUGUAACCAGGAAUCACUCAGGAAAUUAUAAAUUCCUCGCAACUAACGAAGUGGGUGAGGAUCAUCUAACCGUUAAAGUUACCGUGUCUGGUCCUCCAGAUCCCAUAAAAGACGGCCUUAUCUUUGAUUUUGAUGAAGAUGAAGGUGUAGUUAUAAAAUGGAAUCCACCCUCUUGCGAUGGAGGAAGUGAGAUAUUCAAUUACAUUGUGGAAAAAAGAAUGGAGGAAGAUAUCAACUGGUUCAAGCUAGCCACCUCUCGCAACACGUAUUUGAAUCUCGGAAUGUUUGAAGAAACUGAAGGUUGUUACUUUAGAGUAAAAUCUAUCAACGUGUUUGGCAUCAGCGCACCAAGCGAGGAGAGAAAAUAUUUGAGAACAAUGAAUUUGGUUGAUGAUAAAAAUGACAAACAAAUUGAACACGAGCAUGAAUUCCUGGCAGACCUCAACCAAGCAAAGCAGGCUGAUUUAACAGUAAGAAAAGGUUCUACAAAAGAAUACAAUUUCGAUAACAGUUCUCCGGGUGAAAUUACCACUGAUUUCAUAAGUUUCAUUCCAAACGACACAGAACUAUCUAUACCAAACAAAUUAAUCUGCCAUGCAACUGAAGACAUGUUAGAUUCUGUUACUGAAGGUUUACUGAUAACUAUAGAAGAAACGAGUAUAGAUUAUAAAAGCGGUACAUAUACAAUGGAUUAUAACGAAUUUUAUUUAACUUGGUUAGAAAUUAUUUCCUUGGAAAAAGAUGCAUUUUUCGAGAAUAAGCCACUAACUCAUAAAUGUACCAGGCAAUGGAAUAUGAUUGAUGUUUCAGUAGAAAUAUUUGAAGCAUUCAGUUGUAUUUAUCUAAAUCUUGCCAAUUUUAUUACUAUAGAUGAGGUGACAAGUAGAACAAAAUGGUUAAUUUUACCAUCCCUUUCAACCAAGUUUACUGAUUUGAUAACGUCACAAAUCGAAUUUGCUAUAUGUUCUGUAGUAGAAGAAGUUAAUCUUGCUAUUAUAGUUUUUCAACCUGAAGACCUCGAAACUUGUAAAUCAUUCCAGAGUCAUUUGAAUCAUUUGAAAGUUUCGGUAACUUGGGACUGCUUUAGACCAAUUUUGAUAAAUGAUACACAAAUUUUUGAAAAUGUCCACGAUUUUAUAAAUGAAAAUAGUGAGCAAUACUGCAAAAUGAGUCCAACUGUGCACCCCUUAGAUGAUUAUGAAACGUUAGCAACUCUAACCCCCAUUCCAUUAAUGAAUUGUAAAAUGGCUUUAAGCGUGUUGCCCUUUAAGCAAAAAAGCCACACUAUACCAACAAAAACACGUGCCUAUUCAACUACUGCAAACAAUGAAUCAGAAGCUCUUGGACGUUUGCGUAAAACAUCCGAUGAACUUAAUUCUUCCUAUAUAAGGGAAUUAGGACUCGAUGAUGCACUUGAAAGCAAUUAUGUCUUAGAUGCGUUUGAAACAGAUAUUUUGGAGAAGUCUGCUUCAAGCUUACUUAGUGCUGAAAAGUCCAGGUUAAUUUCACUAGAUACUAACAAAUAUAUUGAUGAAGAGGAUACCAAGUUUGAUAUGGACGAUCUUCUUAUUUCUGAUGACUAUAUAUAUGAUACUCCUAGCUGGUUACCAUUUAUAUCUCCAAAUUCUUCCCUUCCAGACACUUUCAAAACUGAAACAGUUGAAUUUAAGGACACCGAAGAAGACCAUUCCCCUACGCUAGCGCAAAGAGUUUCCUUGAAAGGCAAAAGCUUUGAGGAAUUAUUACUUAUUGCCGAACAAGUGGAGAAGAGUUUCUCACAAAAAGCGCAGCAGAUUGAAUCGUUAGAGAAUAUUCUGCACGAAGAAUUGGAUUCCUUAGAGAAGGAUUUACAAGUUGUUCACGAAAUUCACCAGAGUCUUAAUGGCAAUGCCAUUGAAAAAGACGUUGCCUUGACGGAUGAGCGCAAGACGAAAGCAAUCGAUCUAAUCGACUUUUCUGAAGAUGUCCAUGAUAUGAAAACUGAGGAACCCAAGCUGGAAUCUUAUCCACCGAAAGUCAUAACUCACUUGCAAAAUAAAGUGGUACAGAGGGGUUCGCGCGCAAGACUAUAUUGCUCAAUAACAGGUGAUCCAGCCCCAGAUGUUGUCUGGCUCAAAAAUGGAAAGUUGUUGAAAGAAAAAUCUCGAUACAUCUUUAAUGAUUUGAUGGAGUUUGGCUUUUAUGUUGAUAUUUACAGCAUUAAAUCAACCGACAGUGGACAGUACAUAUGCUUAGCUACCAAUCCUCACGGUUCUGCACAAACGGAGGCUUAUUUGCAAGUAAUAGGUGAAAGGGAAGACAGCCCAGAGGUGCCCAAAUUUUUAGACUGCCCUGAUGAUGUGACGGCCACUGAGGGAGAAACGGUUUCUCUCGAAUGGAAAAUGACUGGCACACCAGUUCCGAACGUCAUUUGGUUUAAGAAUGCUGAGAGGAUAGAGACAAAUUUACGAGUGGAUGUUUACAGCAACCAUAAAGGAGCAUGCCGACUUAAAAUCCACAGAGCGGAUGAACAAGAUAGCGCUAUAUAUUCUUGCUAUUUAGAAAAUGAAAUUGGUUCUGCUGUAUCAACAGUUCUAAUUUCUGUUAAAGAAGACAAGUCUUCGUUACGAAAUAUUGAACUAAAUCAAUCUUGUCAAGAAAAUAAAUCUUUCUUUGAAAGAUCUCAGAGUUCAUCAUCCAGUGAAAGUGAUAUUUGUUGUGCGGAAAUACCAAAUCCAAAAAUUCCAAAGGAUCAAGCUGUCAGCAACAUUCCGGGUCCACCUAGCACCCUCAGUAUAUUCAGCGUAGGACGAACAUGGGUGAUGUUAUCCUGGUCUCCGCCUAUGAGUCAUCUGACAAAGAAAUCCAGUCUAACAUAUCUUAUUGAAAGUAGACUAUUAAACAGCAGUCACUGGAAAGAGGUUGGCAAGACGAGAAAUACUAUAUACACAGCUCACGGCUUUAAGUGUAAACGUUCUUACGCAUUUAGAGUGUCAGCAGGGAACAGUUACGGUUGGGGUCGCCCAGCUGUUUUAUCACAACAAGUGAAUUUUCUAUCAAGGUGACAUUUAUAUAUCUGGAAUUUUUAUGACCAAUUUUUAUGUCUUUAUUUUAU